AUAAAGGAUACGUAUGUUUUGUAUAUCGCUUUGCUGGGCACCAUUGUGUUAAUGCCGUUUUGUUCAGGCCAAAAAAAAAUUUAAAAAGACAAAUUUAUGGUUCCGAUGUGUCUUGACGCGAGCACUGGACAACCAUGAAGAUAGCAGUAGAAGGUUGUUGCCAUGGUCAAUUGGACGACAUUUAUGGUUCCAUUCGGCUUUUGGAGCACAAAGAAGGAAUCAAGAUCGAUCUGGUUUUGAUCUGUGGCGACUUCCAGGCCAUUAGAAACGUAGCAGACUUGGAAUGCAUGGCAGUUCCGAAAAAGUACCAGCAGAUAGGCACUUUUCACAAAUACUAUUCGGGAACCAAAGAGGUGCCUUAUCCUACCGUUUUCAUCGGCGGAAACCACGAAGCCAGCAAUUACCUAUGGGAGCUCUUUUAUGGCGGCUGGGCUGCUAAAAACUUGUAUUUUCUCGGGUGGGCUGGUGUCAUCAAAUUUGGAGGGGUUCGCAUAGCUGGUAGUUCAGGAAUAUUCAAUGCACACCAUUACAACAACGGCCAUUACGAGAAAGCACCCUAUUCAACUUCAGACAUGAGGAGUAUCUACCAUGUUAGAAAAUACGAUAUACGGAAGCUAGGUCUUUUGAGGCAACCGAUUGACAUUAUGUUGACUCACGACUGGCCUCGCGGAAUCGAGCAGUUUGGAGACGUGCAAAAACUGUUAAGAAUAAAGAAGCACUUUAGGGCAGAGGUCGCGAGAAAUGAUCUCGGUAGUAGAGCUAAUGAAGAGCUUCUAGACAAGCUCGUUCCAAAAUAUUGGUUUUCAGCCCAUUUGCAUGUUAAAUUUCCAGCGUUGGUAAACCACGAUGCUUGGGUAAACCGGUUUGCGAGAAAUGUGCCAGGUCCUCCUGGCCCUCAAUCUGGCGGAAUGGAAAUCAAGGUCGACAAUCCCGAUGAAAUAGUUAUAUCCAUGGAUGAUGAUGAUGACGAUGACGUUCUUGAUACACCUAGCGUCAACCUUAAUGAAACUCCUGUAGAUAUGAGUACGCCAGCUUCAAAUACAGCAAGUACACAAGUCAUUGCAACCAGCAAUCCUGAUGAGAUCAUCAUGGAUGACGAUGACUUUGAUGAACCUGCCACCACUUCCGUUAUGACCAAUGUCAUUACGGAGUCCGCGAAGAGCGUACCCACCCACACUCCACAUACGGCAGAGAUUCACGAUGAACUGAUAAACGAAACAACUGAAAAGGUACCAGCAUUGGAAGUAGUAAACCAAGUUACCCAAUCUACACGUUUCUUGAGUCUUGACAAGUGCUUGCCUAGAAGAGACUUCCUACAGGUGCUGGAUGUUCCAUCUGUAGAUGAAAAUCUCACAUUUGAAUAUGACUUGGAAUGGCUGGCAAUUACCCAAGUUACGCAACAGUAUCUCAGCUUGCAACACCACCAACCUGCUAUACCUUCAGACAAUAUACUCUAUAGUCAAAUUGAUCAGAAAAUUGAAGAACUGCAAAAACAGGUUGACGAAGGCGCCCUGGAUUUGAGAAUACCGAACAACUUUGUGUUGACUGCACCGUAUCAUGAUUAUACACAUCGAAUGACCCCGCAAGAGAUCGCAGAGAACAUCAUUCCAUACUCCAAUCCGCAAACAGAGGCAUUCUGCAGUUUGAUUGGAAUUGAAAACAAGUUUAAAAGCUCCAAAGUGGCGCGGCCGCCUCAGAAGGAUACUGAGCCGGAAUCAAUUGUCGAGCUUGUAGAGUCAGGAUCUUCAACGCCUACUAAGCGACAAAAGCUGGAUCUUCCUCCGCCUACAGUGACAUCCAUAGAGACUUCCAUAGAGGUAGAAGAAACCACACUGUUGGAAUAGUGAAAUCAAUUGCGUAAUAUUUUACUGGUGUCCUGUUUUCGAUAUUCAAUACAUGCAAUUAUGAAAACGGCAUUUGUGCAAACGAUAAGAGCAAUUUUUUUUAUUAAUAUACAGUACAGUGAUUUAAUUGUGUGUCAACCGAGGCCAUUUUGUUCAUCCCAGAGCGCAGUGAAGUGAUUAUGAACGAUCGAUGACAAUAGGCACGCUUUCAGUGCGCUGUUCGACGGGAAAUCUCUCUUCAAUUUUGUCAGAGACCACGAUCCCGAUAGCUGCGAAGGCCAUUCCAGCUAACAAGGGCAUAAAGUAAGUCAUGAGCCGCACUUGAACACCGCACUACAGGUCAUUGCAACACUUACCGAGCCCAAUGAACAUGCGAGAUCUCGGUGGAAUAGACUUGUAUGAUCCCCAAAGUGAUUUGCGCUGCAUUUAGAAUGUCAAUUUUUUGUCAACAGGCUCCUGGCCAAAAGCACCUGUCCUAA